AUGGUUACUGAGGAAAAGCUAACUCAAGAUGAGAUUGCUCAGCAGAAUAUGACAGUUGGUGGGAACAACGCCUUCCACAACUACUUGAACGAUUUUGCCCACAUCGAGGACCCCUUAGAGAGAAGACGUUUGGCGUUGGAAAAGAUCGAUCAGACACAUUUCGGUUGGUUACAAGUCCGCACCAUCCUUAUCGCCGGUGUUGGGUUUUUAACAGAUUCGUACGAUAUCUUUGCCAUCAACUUGGGUGUCUCCAUGAUGGCCUACGUGUUCUGGUACGGGAACAUGCCUUCCUCCACACAAACUUUGCUAAAGGUGUCCACAUCCGUCGGCACAGUCAUCGGUCAGGUCGGUUUCGGGACUCUAGCGGAUGUGGUCGGCAGGAAAAAAAUCUACGGGACUGAACUGAUCGUCAUGAUCGUCUGUACCAUCUUCCAAUGCACCACCGGUGGCGCUCCAGGUGUCAGCUUUGUCGCUGUCUUGACCUUCUACAGAAUCAUAAUGGGGAUCGGUAUCGGUGGGGACUACCCGCUAUCUUCCAUCAUCACAGCUGAAUUUUCCACAACGAAAUGGAGAGGCGCUAUCAUGGCCGCCGUGUUCGCCAACCAAGCGUUCGGCCAGAUCGCUGCAGGUAUUGUCGCUUUGAUCGUCAUUGCUGCCUACAAGAGCGAACUGAUUGCCGCUGAAACGGGUGCCAUGUGUGGACCAGUGUGUCAGAAGGCUUGUGACCAAAUGUGGAGAAUCCUCGUCGGUUUCGGUGCCAUCCCAGGUCUGAUCGCACUUUACUACAGAUUGACCAUCCCUGAAUCCCCCAGAUACGCUCUAGAUGUCGACGCUGAACUAGACAGCGUCCACGUCCAACGGGUCCACGCGACAGAUGGCAAAAACGUCGAUUCUAUCGUCACGGACAGAACCUCCGUCGGUGGCGGCACCGCGUUUACCAACACGGAAACGGAAGACUACCAGCCACCAAAGGCCUCCUUCAAAGAUUUCUGCCACCAUUUCGGUCAAUGGAAGUACGGGAAGAUCUUACUCGGUACCGCUGGUUGUUGGUUCGCGCUGGACGUGGCCUUCUACGGGUUGUCUCUAAACACUGCUGUCAUCCUGCAAACAAUCGGCUACGCUGGCUCCAAAAACGUGUACCACAAAUUGUACAACUCUGCUGUCGGUAACCUGAUUUUGAUCUGCGCAGGAUCCCUACCAGGUUACUGGGCUUCUGUCUUCACAAUCGACAUCAUCGGCAGAAAACCAAUCCAACUGUUUGGGUUUUUCAUCUUGACCGUUCUGUUCUGUGUCAUUGGGUUUGCAUACCACAGGAUCACGGACCAUGGGUUGCUCGGCUUAUACAUUGUCUGCCAGUUUUUCCAGAAUUUCGGUCCAAACGUUACCACUUUCAUCAUCCCAGGUGAGGUCUUCCCAACCAGAUACAGAUCCACCGCACACGGUAUCUCAGCCGCGUGUGGUAAAAUCGGUGCCAUCAUUGCCCAGACCGCCCUUGGUACGCUGAUCAACCACCACUGUGCCCGUGACGGCAAGAAGGAGAACUGUUGGUUGCCCCACGUGAUGGAAAUCUUUGCCCUGUUUAUGCUGCUCGGUUUGUGCCUCACUUUCCUGAUCCCAGAGACGAAGAGAAUGACUUUGGAAGAGAUCAGCGAGAAAUACCACGACGAGGUCGACCCUUCAAAGUAUGCCCGCGCCAACCACAACCAGACCACCACCGUCUCCACCAGCGAUUCAAUGAGGGAGGAAACCGUCUAA